UAAAACAGCACACAUGCGGCGCAGUAGUGCUCUCUCUCGUUUCGUGAUCGGACGUCGUGCAGCUCCGUGACGAAGAAAUACGCGCAAUAUUUCCAUCCGGGUGAGGAGAAGUGUGUGUGUGUCUGUGUAGUUGGUGAUGAUGACGGCAACUCACGGGAAAGAUUUUUCUACCGCGUGAAUCAACAGUGCCGUCACGGUAAAGGGCUUACACUGCAUAGCAAAACAACAACGGUGCUAGCGAGAAGAUUGUUGGUAAACAGUGCGUGCGUGUUGCACGUGUGUGCCAUUGUGUGUUGGACAGUGAAAACAGGAAAAGUUACUAGCAGAUUAGGCAGCUUUUUUCAUCGCCCCGAAUUGCUGCCAAUCGGGAACUAAAUUUCCUCCCUCUCGAAGGGGGUAGAGGGGGCAAACACUACAAAAAUAGGCAAAAACGUGCACAAACACACACACCGUCUCACACGCAGGCAAAGAGUUGUGUGUGUAUGAGUGUGGUUGCACUUGUGAAAUAUUCUUCAUCGCACUAAAGGGAGAGAGUAGCACGCACAGCCCGUAUACGCGUGUCAGUGCGUAAAAUCGCGCGUAACAGACUGAAAGGGAAAACCCUGGCCUCAACCACACACACACAUGCUGGGGGGGCAUUUCACAAUCAUAGCAGGCUUAAGCUGCCAAAGGGGGAGAGCAGGUCCGCAAAAGAGUUUGCUCAACAGUGAAAAGUGUCAAAAAAGUGUGUGCGUGUAAAAGUGGUCAAACGAAAAGGGCCUUGCAAACCAAGGAAAAGCUGUAACUCAGCACGUGUGUAGAGAAGAGUGGUGUGUGUGUGUGUGUGUGUGUGUGUGUGUGUGUGUUUUAUUGCACCAGAUUGUGACUUGCUUUACAACUGUUUGCGCAUUUUACAAUAACCACAACAAAAGAAGUACGAAUGGAUUCGAACAGCCUGCUGAGCAUGAACCUGGCACUGAACGUGGCGCGGAAGUGUCGCAUCUGCGGCAUGGACAUACUCGAUCUCACGUGCGCCUUCCCGAUCUUUGGCAACGAUCGGGUGGAUCAGAAGCUGGAGCGCUACCUGCAGCUGAAUAUACAAAUCGAUGACCUGCUCCCGAAGUGCAUCUGUGGAUCGUGCUAUCUGAAGCUCGAAAGCAUCGACCAGUUCGCGCUGAUGGCCAGCCGCACCGAGGAAGCGUUCCGCGCCUGGCUGGGCCGUCUCCGCGGGCUCAACAGCCCAGCCGAGGCGGCCAAAAACGUCAACGUAAUGUUGCCCCUGUUUCGUCUCGAUCCCGACGGUGGUGCCGAUUCGAAAAAGGGACACAACGCAUCGGCCGCCAAAGACGCACGAAGCAAUCCUUCCCCGACCGUAUCGGCCGCUACACCACCGGCCAGCGUCAGCCCGCCCGAGAAGGGCAUCAUCUCGUACAGCGAUCUGAAGCUGGGACUGCUGAUUAAAGAUCAGGAGCUGCUGAAGCUGAUCCUGAAGGCGCUCCGAUGGGCGGAGAACGAUCGCCGUGCGUCGUUCGAGGUGCUGAUACAGCGGUUGAAGAAUUCGAGCUUUCGGGAGAUCCUCUCCAACCGCAACCUGCUGAAUGAUAGUGAUCUGACGCAGCUGCUCAAAUCGUACAUCGGGCAGGGUGUGAUGAACAGCUUUGCUGCGAUGCCUCCUCCGGCCGCAUCAACGCCGCUGAACAAUAAUCAUGUUGUGCCGCCGGCGGUUAUGUUUCAACCACCGAUCAAUCCGACUGGUGGCGUUAAAUCUGGAAAUCAAUCCGGUUUUCUGGCACCGGUUGGACCGAUUGCAGGUGUUAAUGUGAAUGAGUAUCGAAUCGAUGAGGCCAGCGUCACGCAAAUGGAGGUAGGGGUCGAUCCCGAUCUGUAUCUUCCGUACGAGGACGAGGAUAGCAGCAGUACAAACAAGUUUGAGGGAAGGAUCGAGGAUCGGCAGGAAAACACGGUCACGAUCAAGCUGGUGACGACGAACGUUGCUGGAGAUAUGAUUGAAAACAAAAGGAUGAUUCCUGCAAUCCUGAACGUCCGCGGCAACAAGCGCUUCCAGUGCAGUGCUUGCCCGGAGUGCUUCGAAACGAACGGCGAACUGCAACAGCACAUCGUACGGCGACAUCUGCCCAGAACCAAUCGCACCGUUAUCACCGAACAGGGCAAACCGGCGAUCAAAAUUCGCGUUCGCAAGAACAAACCCAUCGCCGGUCCUUUGCUACCGCCGAAAUUGAUCUCCCCUUCAGCACCGGGCACCCUUACCGCAACUACUCCCUCACCGACCGUGCCUACCCGCGACAGUGGUGGCGUGACGGUGACCGAAUCCUCAUCUCCAAUUAAAAUUGUGCCACUAAAAAUCCCUGCCUCGACCACGAUUACGGUUAUUCCGGCGACACCGCCACCAACGACCACGGUCCCGGUGGAACCUAACAAACCGCCAACAGUCGAGCAGAAGGUGGAAGUAAAGCCACCGCCCAUAAAGAAAGAACCACCCUCAACGUCUGAAUCUCCCGCCAAGGCAGAGCUUCUGGUGCGCAAAUCGAAACGAAAGACCUCGCUCAAACCGGAAGUCAGUUCGCUCAUACUGGAGAAGCAGCAGAAAAAGCGAAAGGUACAGCAAGUGGUGCAGAAACCGGUGCAGAAAGAGGCACAGACUCCUGCACCACCAGCACCACCACCACCAGCACCACCUUCACCGAAACCGAAGACUUCACGCAAGUCCAACGCGUUCUGUGCGCUUUGCCGCAAGCGGCUAACACCGAAGCAAACGAUGCGCGUGCACAUGCAACAAGAGCACUCCCGGUAUGAGUGUGAAAAGUGUGACCGUGCGUUCAAGAGUGCGAUGAAUCUGAGCCGCCACCAGCAGUACCAUGCCAGCAGCAGUAGUACCGUGCCGACCGAGCUGGCGUCGUCGUCCGCCGGUACGAAAAGGGCACAGAAAGCAGCCAACCCACCACCCCAGCAGGAGGAGGAGAAGGAACAAACGCACAAGUGUUCCUACUGCGAGAAAGCAUUUAAACGGAGCCAUCACCUAAAGCUACACCUUAAACAUCACAAAAAGGAUGCAACGUCCGCUGGGAGCGGUUUGCGCAGACGGUCGAAGCUUAAUCAGAGCAGCAGUAGUGGCAGUGCCAUAAAGAGCGUACUUGUUUCGUCUACCGCCGAAUCUGGACAAGGCAGUAAAACUCGAAAGAUGGAAGCGACCAAACGUAAAAGUACAAUCACUAGGAAAGUUAGAUUUUCCUGCUAGGUUUUUUUUUCUAUUUCUUUGCUUAAAUUCCCUAACCCGGAAAGCUUUAAAUGUAGGUAAAUGUUGAUUUGUUUCUUACGUCAUUGUACGUGUGUGUUUUUUUUCCUAUAUUGCAAAGAAUUGCCUUCAUCGUUUGAAUACGUGUUACAUUACGUAAAGAGAACUAUUUUAUGAAAAUGAAAUAAAGUUAAAUUCAUUACCAUUUUUCACAUGUUAUCC